UUGACAUAUCUCCUUGACCGACUUUUCUCGACCCCCUCUGUGAUCCUUUCAGAUGCUGCGUUGGAGCUGCAGUACUUACGAAUUUCAAUCAGGUUUAUCUAUCUGACCGCCGAAUCAUCACCGCAUUUUCUCUUCGGAGCCGCCCUCGUUCCUUCGAAGUAUAGAGAUUCCAAGCCCCGAAUCCAGACGCCAAACGUCUCCUGGGCCCUUAUAUUUUGUCGUGAAUUUCCUGUUAUAUAUUCUAAUUUGACAAAUCUCCCUCUGGCGGCAGCUUGUAAAAUGGCUUUCCCCGGUGACGAGGGAGUGGGACGCUCCGCCCACCGCAAGCAUUCAAUAUCCAAGUCUAUUCAUCGUUUACCUUCAUAUAUUAUACCUGACCGACUCAAGAACAACGAGGAUGAUGAAGAGGACUUCACGGCCCCUCCAAAAAACCUUAGUGGCCAGGACUUGCCCUACAUGAACCGCUCCAUCUUUUCUAUGAUCGCCGCCGCCGGGUCCAGGUCAGAUUUUCACACUCGAUUUGAUGAAUCUAGUGAUAGCGAAGGGGGGGAUUCAGAGAGACUUAGCAAGACCGUUGCAUUUCCAAAGCACGCUUCCAAGUAUAGGUCGGCCCGAGGCGACCAAGGUACUUCACUAUCACAGCCUAUCCCGGAGGAAGCCGAACAACAAGCUCAGUCUCCAAGUGACAGCCCGAGUGCAAGUGAGAGUAGUGAGAAGCAACGCAGGAAAAGUGCGGGCAAAGCUCUUCUACGAUCGAUACCGAAUAUUCGAAAAUCCAGCAAGGGAAAACAACCCAUUCGAGCUACAGAGGCUGAUAAAACCGAAAAUGACGCUUCCCCUUCUAUGGGAAGCCCAGAAAUCACAACACCUCGUUUGGCGCCUGUGCUGAGUCGAAUGAUUGAAGCCCAGACACGUUUUGAUACCGCGGCUUUGUCAAACGAAGCGCAUGCAGAGCUAGAAAAAGAAGAAAACAUUGACAAUAAUGAUCAAGAAAAGUCGAAAAAUCUUUUGUCAAUCCGGUUGAAAGAAAUUUUUGGACUUGAGCGCCCCGAACGUGUUAUUGGAGAGUACCCCUGCUGGCUGAUCCAAAGUAUUGCGCUUCAAGGGUAUAUGUACAUCACCGAAGGGCAUAUUUGUUUCUACGCCUACCUCCCUCAAAAGUCGAAUACAGCUAUUAAAUCUGGAUAUUUGGGCAAGCGUGGACGUAAGAAUCCAAAAUAUAACCGCUAUUGGUUUUCUUUAAAAGGCGACGUGCUGUCGUACUUUGCCGAUCCCUCUAAGCUCUACUUUCCUAGCGGGCAUAUUGAUCUUCGUUAUGGCAUUAGUGCUGCACUCUCAGAAAACCAGAAAGGUCAAGAAGUGAGGGACUUCACAGUGACAACGGAUCAUCGCUCCUAUAGCUUUAGGGCAGAGAGUACUGCGAGCGCCAAGGAAUGGACGAAGGCCUUGCAGAAAGUGAUAUUCCGUUCACAGAAUGAAGGCGGAAGGGUAAAGAUCUCUAUUCCGGUGGGGAAUGUGAUAGAUAUAGAGCAAAAUCCUAUGAUGGAUCUGGCGGAGACAUUCAAGAUUAGAGUGGUGGAUAUUCACGAAACUUAUGCGAUAGACGAAUAUUUCUUUUCAUUUUUCAACUACGGCCAAGAUGCAUUCGAUGUCUUGAAGGAUUUAGUAAAUGGCACCUCAGCCCAAGAAGCUUCAAAAGAGCCUGAAACAACACUCGCGUCGAAUGAUAAUAUGGAGGACCGUCGCCGUCAGAGAUCAGAUUCAUCGGUUUCUGUUUCUGAACAAUCAAGAGAAAGUGGCUCACGUCAAAGGACCGGUAAUGCACGUUUACCCGGUCAAGAACAGCAGAAUGACUCCGAAUCAUUUGUUCAGUCCCUCAGCCACGCAACCGACUCAUCCAUGAGCCUGCAGUCACAUUCGAAUACUGUCGUUACCGCUAGUCAGAUACUGACCAGGAGUGAUGUCUUUCAGUCUCCUACAAUUCAUAGAUCACAACCUUCUUCUGCAGGCGAUGUAACUGGCACUUCAUCAAGGAAGGAGCGCGAUCAACUGCCUGCACAGCAUACAUUUGAAGGCACUUCCGCUAGUCUAAUAACUGAAGACGAUGGGAACGAAAUUUAUAGCACCUCGGCUCCCACAAUACAAGAAAUUGUACGGGCGGGCGCUUAUCCUCUUCAGCGAGCGGCCGGGUUUGCCGAAUAUCUCAAAAGCCGUUCUCGGCAGAUGAGUAGCCUUUUGGCAACCGAGUCUAUGGGGUACAUAGAGAAAGUUUCAGGCAUGUGGAUUGGAGGAGGAAAACAUUACACAGAAGGAGAAGAUUGUUCCUCAGACCGCCUUCCUGACCACGACGACGCAGAGACGAGCGGCUCAUUUGGGGACCGGUUUCGUACUCAUUUUGCUCUCCCGCCGAGUGAGAAGCUUCGAGCUACUUAUUAUGGCUAUCUUCACCGGGUCUUACCUCUUUAUGGGAAGAUUUACAUAGGGAACAGCAAAUUCUGCUUUCGGAGUCUUCUUCCUGGUACUCGGACUAAAAUGAUACUACCUAUAAGAGAUAUUGAGAACGUGGAGAAAGAAAAGGGGUUUCGAUUUGGCUAUCAGGGUCUUGUCCUCAUCAUUCGUGGUCACGAAGAGCUCUUUUUCGAGUUUAAUACUGCAGAUUCUCGCGAUGAUUGUGCAGUAACUCUGCAUCAUAGACUUGAAUCAGUGCGCUUCCUGGAACAGUCCAGUAUUUUGAUGCAGAAAGAUUUGGACGAGGCGGAUGCUGCAAAGACGGAACAGCAAUUGCUGCAGGAAGCAAGACACAGCCCGUUAGCUGAAGAUUCUCUCGAAGCACACCCGAUUUUUGACGAUCCACGGGCGUCAAUCAUCAACUUCAAACCUACCGAACCGUUAAAAAUCACAUGUCUUACCAUAGGCUCUCGAGGUGACGUUCAGCCGUACAUUGCUCUCUGCAAAGGACUGCUCGAAGAAGGACACCAACCAAGGAUCGCAACCCAUGCUGAAUUUGAGCCAUGGGUUCGUAAACAUGGCAUUGACUUUGCCCCAGUCGAAGGUGAUCCGGCAGAGCUGAUGAGAAUAUGUGUCGAGAAUGGCAUGUUCACCUAUUCAUUCCUUAGGGAGGCAUCCCUUAAAUUUCGCGGGUGGAUUGAUGAACUUCUAUCCUCGGCAUGGGCUGCUUGUCAAGGGAGCGAUGUACUCAUUGAGUCCCCAAGCGCCAUGGCUGGAAUUCAUAUCGCCGAAGCUCUUCGAAUUCCUUAUUUCCGCGGCUUUACAAUGCCUUGGUCCCGCACCAGAGCUUAUCCACAUGCAUUUGCGGUUCCUGAGCAUAAGAUGGGCGGUGCAUACAACUAUAUAACCUAUGUCAUGUUUGACAACGUCUUCUGGAGAGCUAUUUCAGGGCAAGUGAACCGUUGGCGGAAAAAAGAACUUGGACUUCGCAGCACCACUCUCGACAAGAUGCAGCCGAACAAAAUCCCUUUCAUCUAUAAUUACUCGCCUUCGGUAGUUCCUCCACCUCUUGACUACCCCGAUUGGAUUCGAGUUACUGGUUAUUGGUUUCUGGACGAGGCUGCAGGCUGGACUCCUCCCGCAGAACUUUCUCGAUUUAUCAAGAAAGCCCGUGAAGAUAAUAAGAAGAUUGUCUAUAUCGGCUUCGGAUCAAUUGUGGUUUCUGAUCCAGCGGCACUAACUCGAACGGUGGUCGAAUCUGUUCAGAAAGCCGAUGUUCGAUGUAUCUUAUCCAAAGGCUGGUCAGACCGCCUUGGUGAUCCAAAGAGUGCGCGUGCCGAAGUUCCUCUGCCUCCAGAAAUUCACCAGAUACAAUCAGCUCCACAUGACUGGCUGUUUACUCAAAUUGAUGCUGCCGUUCACCAUGGGGGUGCUGGUACUACUGGGGCAAGUCUUCGUGCUGGUGUUCCAACCAUCGUCAAGCCCUUUUUCGGAGACCAAUUCUUCUUCGGGUCUCGCAUCGAGGAUCUUGGUGUAGGCAUCUGUAUGAAAAAGCUCAAUGUCAGCGUAUUCUCUAGAGCUCUCUGGGAAGCAACGCACAGCGAACGGAUGAUUGUCAAGGCCAAGCGCCUUGGCGAGCAGAUUCGAAAGGAGGAUGGCGUUUCGAAUGCCAUUCAGGCAAUAUAUCGCGAUCUUGAAUACGCCACCACUCUCACUCGCCAACGUGCCACUCUGUCGUCCACUGCAGACCCGACCAACGGAUCGGAUGAGCAACAAAUGAUGGACACAGAAUUCGAAGAGAUCGACGAAGCCUGGACUUUUGUUGAUGACGACACCGAUUUUGACCCGCCAAAGAAAGAGCAUGGUCUGUAUCAGAAAAACGAGUCGCGGACAGCCUAAUUUGCUUUGGCUCGCUUUUGCUGCUCUACUCAUGUGAAGAACGAACGACGCUACGAUAAUUUAUGCCCUGUGUUGCUGUAACUGGGGUGGCUGAAGGCCACCCGAUUGCUUAUACUCUUAUCUAAUACUUCUUGGACUUGUCAUGUUCCAUGCUGUUAUGAAGUUGCAAUGCCAUAUAUAUUGAUCCUGUGACGCUUUUCAUGUUAUGUAUUGCUUAUAAUAGUCCUGACGAACUUGGACACGGCCCAGACUAGAUACCAUUUUAUUUACGCUGCGAUGCAAAUACACGAUUACAUUCUACUCCUUA